CUGGUCUCCAGCAAGAUGGCGCUGCUGUGUAUAGACACGGGUCAGUACGGGGAAGCUGUUCCCGUGGUGUUUCCAGUCACAGAGCAGAGUGGGGUGUCAGUCACUUCCUCUAUGUAUUGGAGAAGGUGAUUGGGCAGCUAUGCUGGGUGUCCUGUGUAUUCUGCUGUGCCUCUUCCAGCUUGUGCUCUGCCAUAGACCACAAUGUCACCACAACCACACAGGGCAGCCCAGUACACAGCCGUGUGCGGAGAAUGACACCCUCGCCACCUUCCUGGAGACAUUCAGCAGCAAGUACCCGGCCCCUGGGAGUCCUGUGGAGGAACGAUACGGAGUGUUCCUGGAAAGCUUGGAAAGACACAAAUAUCUGAAUGGGUUUGCACACAGUGCUGGAGAUGCAUUUUAUGGAAUUAACCAGUUUUCUGAUUUGUCAGCCCAAGAGUUUUCAGACAUUUACUUGAAGAGCUACCCUGCUAUGAAAGACAAUUACAUUGUGCCUAAUAAAACCUUUUCAAGUAAAAAUGCACUGCCAUUGCGUUUUGACUGGAGAGACAAAAAUCUUGUGACAUCAGUGAAAAAUCAGAUGGAUUGUGGUGCUUGCUGGGCUUUCAGCAUAGUUGACACGGUGGAGUCUGCCUAUGCUAUCAAAGGACAUCCUCUGACGGAGCUUAGUGUACAGCAGGUCAUUGACUGUUCGUACAUGGACAAUGGCUGCAAUGGUGGAUCAACGCUCAGUGCCUUGAAAUGGUUAUAUCAGUCUAAAACUAAACUGGUGAGGUCCUCGGUAUACCCCUUUAAAUCACACACUGGAUCAUGCCAUUAUUUCCCUGCGACGGAAUAUGGGGUGUCCAUAAAAGGAUAUCAUGCCUAUGACUUAAGUGAUUCUGAGGAUGUGAUGAUGAAGUUGCUGAUACACUAUGGUCCAUUAGCCGUUAUUGUUGAUGCACUUAGCUGGCAAGAUUAUCUUGGAGGUAUAAUUCAGUAUCAUUGUUCUAGCGGCCAUUCAAACCAUGCUGUCCUUGUAGUUGGCUAUGAUAAAUCAGGUGAUAUUCCUUACUGGAUUGUGAAAAACUCUUGGGGUACAACUUGGGGUAUAGAUGGCUAUAUACAUAUAAAAAUAGACGGUAAUUUAUGUGGAAUUGCAGACUUUGUAGCUUUUCCCGAGAUGUGAUUUGGAUAAGGUAUAUAAACACUUAUGAAUGACCAUAUGAAGAUGCAUCAUCAAAAUCGGUUAUCAUAACGGGCAGAAAAAUAUUGUUAUACAGGCACAGUUUACCUUCAUAAGAUUGUCUUUUUUUGGACAGUACAGAAGCCCUAGCAGUGUCACAAUGAAACUUCAGAACAAGCUUUUGGAGUCUUCUUACUUUUCUCAGCUCAAGGAAUACCUAAAAGCUUAGCAAAAACACACAUACACAGGGUAAUCAAAGUGAGACAAAUAGUCCAAUAAGGAGUAAAGAAAAGGACCAAGGAAAGGGGGGUCACAGAGGUAAGAAUGGUCAUAAAACUAUAUUGAUAGGGAUUAAGAAAGCUAUGCUCCACAUCCAGUCCGCUACUGUAUCUCUCAUGUCAAACAGGAUUCUCUUUUCUAGUUUCAAUGGUUUUCCUUCCCUGAUAUAUUUAACACCCCUAUUCCCAAACUUUUGAAACAUUAAUGUAUUAUGGAAUGUUCUGGCUGUAAAAAAUGAUGUCCCACAGGUGUGCAGUAAUUUCUUCAUUAUGUUCUUUUGUGGUGUGUCAAUGUAGGUUUAUUUUAUGUUUUUUUUUUGUCCUGUUUCACCUAUAUAACAUCUUAGUUGCACUUGUUGCAUAGAAUGUGAUACUCCACAUAAUUAAAGGUGCAGCUGUAUGAUCCAGCAAUAUAGAAAAUGAUAUGUAAUAGGUUUUAAUAGAUUUAUGUGGCUGCAUAGCUUGCAGCAUGUAUUGUUGUAAUGUUUUGUUCCGUUGUUUCUGUCCCUAUAUUAAGAAUCAAAUUUCCUUUUGAUUAAUUGAUGUGGUUUUUUUUGUUUUUUUUGUAGGAAUGGGCAUAGCAGUAGGGUCACAAUGGCAACCCCGCUCAUCCUCCAGGGGGCCCGGGCAACAAGAGGAGCAGGCCCGGCCAGCUGUAUUUUCCUGCAGCAGUUGAACAACUGAUUUUCCUCCUUUGCCUCCCGCUAGCAUUCAGCUAUUGCAGGAAAAUACAGUCCCUCCUGUCCCUGUUCCUCUUGCUGCCUGGGUCCCCCCUCUGUGCUCCCCUGGUCCCCCCUCCUUUCCCCCGGCUGCUGCACGGCAUACUUUCAGGAUAGGUAGUGGUUGAAAGGGCCGGUAAAUGUAAUUUACCAGCCCCUUUCUUUCUAAACGAAUACAGUGAAUGAUCGGUACGAAUUACUCGCUUUGUUCAUUCAUAACUGAUGCAUAGUAAACUGUUAGUUUAGGAUGCCAAAACCUGGUGAUCUUUGAUCUAAUACCUGAACUGAAAGCACAGAAACCCAUCAUUCCCCCCAUGUUAUUGAAAUGGACAAAAGCAAACAUGUUUGAAGUCCAUCCUGGGUGGCAACCUUGGCUCGCUUUAUAGAUAUAGUGGAGGAGUCAACGUAAGAACAGGAAGGUUGUUAUUUGCAAGAUUACCAGGUAAAGGGGAAAAACAUUGAAACAAAGAAAACAAAUGCAUUUUUGUGCCUCUGUGUUUUUGGAAAGGGUGGGGGACUUGUUUUCCUGAAAAAUGCAGCUUUUGCAUGUAAUAGACUUUAAUGGACCUGCAUCCAAUUGUGUUUUUUACAUUCACUGUAUAUAGCUGGUUGCCAAGGAGCGGGCCAGGAAGCCGUACGCCACGUCCUAACAACCGAUGAGUCAUUGGUUGUCAGCGGGCUUCCUUGAUGACCGCUGACAGCUAAAAAACGGCAUGGGGUCCCCCACCCAAAGACCAUACCAGACUCUUUGACCUGGCAUGGAUUAGGAGGGGACGCAAAAAAAAUGGCGUGGGUUCCAUCGCAAAAUUCAUACCAGACCCUUAUCCGACCAUGCAGCCUGGUAGGUCAGGAAAGGGAGGGGACAAACGAGGUUUGACCUUCAUAUACUGAAAUAAUAAGCUCCAGCAUAAGAUUUAUGGGACUCCCAUUUGUUAAGGGCUUAAAAUUUGUUCCCAUUAGAAGCCUGUAUCCGACAAUCCUGUUUAAAAUAUUUUCCUUAAGUACUUAUGUAUAUAUUUAUUUUUCCGAUAAUAAAGUUCACACUCAAUAUGAAUAGAAAAGGAAAUAAUAUACGUGUAUAAUAUAAAGAAGAGGUAAUAUACAAAUGUAUAGACAUUCCAAAAAUUGUACGUUAAUUAAUGACGAAAAGCUAUGUAUUGAUUUUGUAUAAAUAAAGUAUUUUAAGUUACAACAAA